CCAUAGCGCCAUCAUGGUACGCUCUCGGUUGGGACAAUUCGAAUCAUUGGGGAGAUGGAAACACACUUCCAUGAGCCAUUUUCACACUCGGCAUGUUUCAUUUCUUCUUUUACAAGUUUCCUUUUUUUCCCUUGAUGGCUUCCAAGCGCAAUCCAUGGGCUUUCAUGAAUACGAAGCACUGCCAUUUUCAUACUCACGCAAACGCGUACUCUACACCACAAAAGCCCCUUCUGUCACAUAGAACCCCAUAUCCGAGAAGAAGUUGGGUUGUAGCUAGGAGAAGGCCCCCGAUCAAUUCCUAUAUAAGGAGGACGAAUAUAGCGGGUUCUUUAUCCCUCGGAUGGUUUGUUCUUGCGUCUGCGGAGGUAUUUCAGAAAUGGACACACGGGGUGGAUGCUAGGGGUAGUUCUUCAUCUGAGGUUGAGAAGGAAUUGAUUGUGUCAUUCCUUCCGGAAGAUAUCGCCUUGAUGAGAGUUGGCUGCACAGGGGAGGCUUGUUAUUGUCAAAACCAUAUCAUCUGACGAUUAGAAGUUCAAAAAUGGGUGCCGGGAGUAGAGCAAGCGAAUUCAUUGGUGGAAAGGCUACCGUUCCAGUUGAGGGUAAUUGGGAUAAACGAGAUCCAAGAAGGUAUAAGGAGACUCAAACCAGUAUUGAAUCGGGCCCGCUUACUUCGGAGGCUGAUAGUGUGCGAGUUAGAUGAAGUCGUGAGAAGAAAGGUCGACCGGUCGGAUUUAAGCCGGUUCGGCAAUUCAGGGGUAGAAAUCAGCGAGCGCUUGUGAUUGGCCUCCCCGGGUUUCUUCGACGCUUCUGAUCAAGCUCGGCUCGGCA